UAUGUUCAAUCAUUAUAGCUUUCUCGUACCACUAUAUAUAUAAUGAGAUCAUCUUCAUCACCAGUGCAAUAAUCCAAACUUUCUUCCUCAAAACACAUACAUAAACUUUCUUUCUCUCUCUUUUUUUCUCCAUUAAUUUCUUCCUGAAAACUUACAAGUUUAGAAAAUGGCAAGAUCAGAUCCCCUUAUCAUUGGAAGAGUUAUUGGGGAUGUAAUAGACCCUUUUAAUCCAAGUGUAAAAAUGUCUGUAACUUACAAUAACAAGCAAGUUUACAAUGGUCAUGAACUCUUUCCUUCUUCUGUUAACCUUAAGCCUAGGGUUCAAGUUCAUGAUGGUGACUUGAAAUCCUUUUUCACUUUGAUUAUGACAGAUCCAGAUGUUCCUGGACCUAGUGAUCCUUAUCUUAGAGAGCACCUGCACUGGAUAGUCACAGAUAUUCCAGGCACAACAGAUGCCACUUUUGGGAAAGAGAUAGUGAGCUAUGAAGUGCCAAGGCCAAACAUAGGAAUACACAGGUUUGCUUUCAUUCUCUUCAAGCAGAAUCGUAGGGGAAGUGUUGUACCACCAAGCACCCGAGAUCGAUUCUUCACAAAGAAAUUUGCUGAACAAAACCAACUAGGACUUCCUGUUGCUGCUGUUUACUACAAUUGUCAAAGGGAAACUGCUGCACGAAGACGCUAAUUAACUCUAUCAAAACUUAAUUACUAUAACCUCUUUAAUUAAACCUAAUAAUAAUAAUAAUCCUAUGUAUGUACUACUUAUUAUGCAAAAAAAAAGAACAAAAUGGUUAAAAACUUGAUUGUGUAAGAUAGAUGAGUAACCUACCAAGCUAGAAGGAGAAAGGAAUAUGUAAUAGUUUGUUUGUUAUGGUUGCAUAUAUGUUGAGUGAUGGAUGUAGUUUAGCUUGUUUUAUGCAUGUGCAUUUUAUGAUCUAUAUAUAUGUAUUAGUUGAUCACUUUGUAUGGUAUCUUUUUAAAAUUAAUGUUAUAUCUAUCAAUAGUAA